AUGGCAGACACAGAGAACAGUCAGAGACACAGAGAACAGUCAGAGACCAGACACAGAGAACAGUCAGAGACCAGACACAGAGAACAGUCAGAGACACAGAGAACAGUCAGAGACCAGACACAGAGAACAGUCAGAGACACAGAGAACAGUCAGAGACCAGACACAGAGAACAGUCAGAGACCAGACACAGAGAACAGUCAGAGACCAGACACAGAGAACAGUCAGAGAACAGUCAGAGACCAGACACAGAGAACAGUCAGAGACCAGACACAGAGAACAGUCAGAGACACAGAGAACAGCCAGAGACCAGACACAGAGAACAGACACAGAGAACAGUCAGAGACCAGACACAGAGAACAGUCAGAGACCAGACACAGAGAACAGUCAGAGACCAGCCACAGAGAACAGUCAGAGACCAGCCACAGAGAACAGUCAGAGACCAGCCACAGAGAACAGUCAGAGUCCAGACACAGAGAACAGUCAGAGACCAGACACAGAGAACAGUCAGAGAACAGUCAGAGACCAGACACAGAGAACAGUCAGAGACCAGACACAGAGAACAGUCAGAGAACAGACACAGAGAACAGUCAGAGACCAGACACAGAGAACAGUCAGAGACCAGACACAGAGAACAGUCAGAGACCAGACACAGAGAACAGUCAGAGACCAGACACAGAGAACAGUCAGAGACCAGACAUAGAGAACAGUCAGAGACACAGAGAACAGCCAGAGACCAGACACAGAGAACAGUCAGAGACCAGACAUAGAGAACAGUCAGAGACCAGACACAGAGAACAGUCAGAGACCAGACACAGAGAACAGUCAGAGACACAGAGAACAGAGAACAGUCAGAGACCAGACACAGAGAACAGUCAGAGAACAGACACAGAGAACAGUCAGAGACCAGACACAGAGAACAGUCAGAGACCAGACACAGAGAACAGUCAGAGACCAGGCACAGAGAACAGUCAAAGACCAGACACAGAGAACAGUCAGAGACCAGGCACAGAGAACAGUCAGAGACACAGAGAACAGAGAACAGUCAGAGACCAGACACAGAGAACAGUCAGAGACCAAACACAGAGAACAGUCAGAGACCAGACAUAGAGAACAGUCAGAGACACAGAGAACAGCCAGAGACCAGACACAGAGAACAGUCAGAGACCAGACAUAGAGAACAGUCAGAGACCAGACACAGAGAACAGUCAGGAGACCAGACACAGAGAACGUAUGGAUAUCAUCAGCAGUUUGGCUGUUGUGUUUGAAUAUUGAAGUGAUAACCUCAUCUGUUGACCUCACGUUGUCAUGGUGUUGACCUGCAGGUGACCCGGAGGCUCUGAAGAAGAAGAGUUUCACCAUGAAGGAAGGAGUGGACUACAGAGUGAAGAUACACUUCAAGGUUAACAGGGAUAUUGUGUCUGGGCUGAAGUACGUCCAUCUGACCUACAGGAAAGGAAUCAGAGGCAAGGAGGA